AUGAUGAUCAACAACACCUCAGAAGGAUCGUCAUCUUCCCGACUAAACAAGCCUCAACAACACGUUCAGCAAAAUCCUCUUCGUCUGUUAUCAACUAUGAGCCCCUACCAUAAAUUUCUAAUGACACAAAUCAUCACGAGUUUAAUUUUUGUCAUUUAUUUUGCUCUUCGGAUGAUGCAAUCUUUUAGCAAGUCAAGUUUGUCUUCGGAUAAUCCUACUGAUGAUGAUUACUGGAGAGUGGAAUCUUUCUUGGUGAAGGGGUACUACUCGGAAACAAUUGCAGGAUUUAUUGUUGUUCUCAUACCUAUUUACAUGUUUAUUACUUUGGUUGGCAUAUUUGCCAAAAGGAAACCAUCACACAACAACACCACUUCAUCCGAAUUACUUUUAAAACACAUUGCCAAAUAUUUUGGAACAAUUGCACUCGGAUCAUGCCUUUUAUUAGCGGUUGUUGUUUUGUUUGGAUUCACACCUUUCCUAAGAAUUAACUCCUCAAAUUCUGCAACAUUUCAAUCGGCUAGAAGUGAAAUUGUUGCAUCAGCCACCAAGGAAAAUACUAAUGAAAAUUGGAUUUGCACAAAGCUUGUUCCUAGCUCUAUGAUUAACUCGGAUGAUAUUGUUGUGUUUGCGUUCAUGUCCAAAUGCUACGCUUUUUCUAUUGGAGAAAUUAUUAGAUGCCUGUUGUGGUGCCUACUCUCUAGUUUAAUCAUUUUUGUCCAACCUUUGUGCAGUCUUUCUCAAUGGACUGACAUUGUGGAUACUGUUAAGUUAGUUGCAUUGGAAAAAACCACACGAUUGACCAACCUCAAAAUUGAUUUUCAAGCUGUGACAUUAUUGCGAAAAUUCGUAAUUGUUCAUGCUGUCUGCAUUUGGAUCAGCGGGUUUGUUAUUCCUCUAGACUGGGAAAAAGACUGGCAGUAUUUUCCUAUUUGUACAACCGUUGGGCUUAUUAUUGGAACUUUGUUAAAUUUAAUUCUUUAUGUCAGAAACAUGAAAUAUGUCACACUAUCAGACAAAGAAGACUAG